UCUGAAAUUGAACUUAAAAAUUUUUUUAAAAGUGCAAAAUCAGCAGAUUUCAGAAGCUGCUGCAACCUCAUUACCAUUUGCUGUCAUUCAAGUUCUUCUGUGAAAAUGAAGAAAUUUCUUAGGAAAUAACUGCCUGUCUUACCCUCAGCUGUGUCUGGUUGUUAGUCCCUGGGGCGUGCUUCUGCAGUGUCAGCAGGAGCCAGCUAGCUUCUUACAGGGGAGCAGACAUGAGCAGCUGCUCCUCCUCUGAUGGGAGAAGAGGUAUUGGAACUUCAGAGUAGCACUCAGCAACCGGCUUCUGUGCAAACUGCAAGCUCUGUUUCCAUGAAGAAACAAACCUUUGCUGCUUGUCUGUAAGAUGCUGCACUUGAAAAAGUGGAGAUGGCUCAACGGUGUUGUGAGCAUGUACUGGAUUGUUCUUCUUGCAGCUUGUAGCCUUCUCCCCACAUUUCUUGUUUUCUGGUUACAGAUGAAAACACUUUUUUUUUUUUUUUUUUUACAUACAGCAGUCUGUCAUUCAGAGCUAUGACCUAGCAAUUACAAUAAGAGUUGCUGUUUUGUGUACUUCAGAGCUCCUUUUAUUUGAGAAUCCUUGAUAAGCGUUGCAGUGACACAAGAAGGCUUUUGGCAAAGCUUCAGGAACAGUGUUUACAAUCUUAAGUGUUUUCUGAAGCUUUCUUCUCUGAAAUCAACUGACACAGCAAAUGGUGUUGAAGCUAAAGGAAAUUGCUUUACUGGGUUUCAAGUCUUUGCUUUAUAAUAUUUUACAUCUGUGCUAUCCACAAUGUUUCUGGUAUUGAGGUGUUUAUGAUGGGAUCAUAAAACUGCAGUGUGAAGUACGUAUUGCACUGCUAUGAUAAUGUAUUGUUCAUGAUACUUAGGACAAAAAUGAUCUAUGGCAUGUUUGAGAAUUCCACAUAAAAAUAGGUGUUACAGGUCAACCAUUAAAUUACAAGUGCCUUUGUCAUAUGUGCUCUCCAAACCACAGUCUCUGUUGCUGGAGAGUCUACCUCUUAAUCUGGAGAUCUCAGCCUGAAAUGGCAGCUAUCAGCAGAGUGGAGAGAGCUCACUGCUUUGGGAUGUUUCUGGGAAAAGGAGUGAAGCUAGGGCACGUGCAGUAAGGCACAGAAGAGUGAUUUGAGAAAUGCAGAAGGCUUUGUUGUCUCAAUCCUUUGGCAUCUGAUUCCUUGGCAGAAAACUGGCAGCCACUGCUACAGGAUGGCUGAAGCUCCUCCAAGUUACUGUUUUGUAGCCUUUCCCCCAUGUUCCAAAGAUGGGCUGGUGGUGUUUGGAAAGAACUCUGCACGGCCUAGGGAUGAAGUACAGGAGGUGGUCUACUUUGCUGCUGCAACUCAUGAUCCAGGAAGUAAAGUUGAGUGCACAUAUAUUGAGAUUGAGCAGGUGCCAAAGACUCAUGCUGUUGUGCUGAGCAGGCCUUCCUGGCUUUGGGGAGCAGAAAUGGGAGCCAAUGAGCAUGGAGUCUGUAUAGCUAAUGAAGCUGUCGUGACCAGAGAACCAGCUUCUGAAUCUGAAGCCUUGCUUGGAAUGGAUCUUGUCAGACUUGGCCUAGAAAGAGGUUCAACAGCCAAGGAAGCAUUGGAUGUAAUAGUUGCUUUGUUGGAAGAGCAUGGGCAAGGAGGAAAUUACUAUGAAGAUGCAAGUUCAUGCCAUGCUUUCCAAAGUGCAUUUUUGAUUGUGGACAGAAAUGAAGCCUGGGUACUGGAGACAUCUGGAAAGUACUGGGCAGCUGAAAAAAUCACAGAGGGGGUGAAGUGCAUUUGCAAUCAGCUUUCACUAACUACAAAAAUUGAUGCUGAGCAUCCUGAACUAAGGGAUUAUGUGAGAAGUCAAGGCUGGUGGAAUGGAGACACAGACUUCAAUUUUUCUGAAGUGUUUUCUCUCGGUGAUGGCCAUUUAGCCUGUUGUUCUGGCAGGGAGAGCUUGGAAAAGCAAAGUGGUGGUGUUUCUGCACAAACUAUGAUUGAUGUCCUGCGUGACAAGGAUAGUGGUGUCUGUGUGGACUCUGAAUCUUUCCUUACUACAGCUAGCAUAGUGUCUGCUCUGCCUCAGGACCCUAGUUUUCCCUGUAUUCAUUACUUCACUGGCACGCCAGACCCUUCAAGGUCCGUGUUUAAGCCUUUUAUUUUUGUUGACGAUGUAAAAUUAGUACCAAAAGUACAGUCCCCUUCUUUUGGAGAUGAUGAUCCUGCUAAAAAGAUACCUCGAUUCCAGGAGAAACCCGAUCGCAGGCACGAAUUGUACAAGGCACAUGAAUGGGCCCGGUCUCUCCUUGAGAGUGAUCAGGAGAAGGGCCAGAAACUGAUGAGCAUUAUGUUAGACCUUGAGAAGCAAGGCUUAGAAGCAAUGGAAGAUAUCCUUACUCGUACCGAGAUUCUGGAUCCUGCUGAAGUAGUAGAUCUUUUCUAUGACUGUGUUGACACAGAACUAAAGUUCUUCAAAUGAACUACAGUGGCUACUGUUAGCCUUUUCACAGGAAGACUGCAAAGUUCUUCAAGCCUUGAAAGAAAGUCUUCACACUUAUGAAUUUGCAGGAAAGACAUUUCUAGAGGGAAAAAAAUGUUACCUGCUAGCUAUAUCUGGUUAACAAAUUGCUUUCCUUUGUCCAAUCUUGUGGUGUUCCUGUUUGUGUAUGUAUAUAGUGAAAGGAGAAAAUCACUGACUGGUCCGAUUACUGUGUGCAUGCUGGCUAAUUUAGUACAGAAUGUUUAAAAAUGUAUGCUGGGCAACAAAUUAAAGCAAAGAUUAACUUCA